AUCGCACUAGCAAAUUACUCACAUCUCCUGACAACCACGACCCUUAUAUAUGUGCUUGUGAUACGAUCGAGGUACCUAUUUGCGUGCAUUUUCGUCCGACCAGGGUUCAAUUCUUCAGGCCUGACGAAUCCGGCCAUAUGGAUCACGAUUAAUUCGGAAUUAAGGAUUCUGUCAGUCAUAAAUCCGCUAAUUAACUUUUCGCGUUUGAUUUUUUGGUCUUAGCUUGGGAGCUUGACAAUAUUGCUGCCUGGUUUGAGAUCUCACUUUUUGGCCAAUUGUUCUUUACAUCAUUCGAUCGGGUGGAGUGAGGAGAAGUCCCUGACUGUCGAUACUGACCUUAAUUUUACAUCUUCUUUCUCUGUGAAGCUACUGUGUUACCUUGAGUUACCGGCGCAGGCAUCGUUGAUUGUUCGCGAUUGAGGCUGUGAGUCCAUCUGAUACUCUGGAUCUACGGAAACUAUCUACAUAAUGUCUGCGGCUCGAUUCUUAGAUUCCGGGGGUCCGCCUCGGAAGAAGAUGCGAAAAGGGACCAAGAGCUGUACUGAAUGCCGUCGACGAAAGAUUCGCUGCACAUACGACUCAGAUCGGCCUAAUAUAUGUAAUGAAUGUCACUCGAGGGGUUUUGAAUGCAUCGACCAAGAACAUGGAACCCUGGAUCCCAAGGUUACAGGCCUCUUAUCCGGAGAACAAUCCUACAGUCUGCGUGAGCGAGUUACGCAAUUGGAGAAUGUGGUCAGAGAUAUCUUACAACAAAUGGAACAUACCACUCCGUCGUCAGCCUCUGCGUCUCCGGCUCAGUAUGAUUACCUCAAAAGCACAAAUCAGAAGAGUAAAUCAUAUGCAUAUGAAGGGGACUCCGUUAGCAAAUCCGCUGAGAAUGCAUCCUUAGUAUCUGGGCAGGAAAUGACCGUCACAGUUGCAUGCGAAACAGUCAAGGACGCACCAAUCACAGAAAGUCAUCAGAUCGAAAACGCCCCCGUACUCCAGAUCUUAAAUAAUAACGUUGUAUCCCGCACCGAGGGAACCGCAACACGCAAUCAGAAUGUCGCCGCUACACUGGCCAUAUCACCAAAGGCAAUUGCAGCGCGGAACGAACUCGUCAAAUUGAUUCCACCUCGGGGGGACCUCCGUCGCAUUCGAGAUUUGGCAGCGAAUUGGUGGUCUGUAUGGCAUUACAUGUUCCCCGAAGUUCCCGAACCGGAUCGGUCAACUCUCAUGGGCGAACGGGACUAUUUCGAAAUACCGAAAUCUCCCGGUGAAGUAGCAAAGUUCUUACUUUGUCACUUGAUGUGUAUUGACCAGCUUCCUGCCGAUUUUGAUUAUAACUCUCUCGAGAGGCCUAUCGUUCCGAAUGAAUACGGCGAUGAUUGUGUGAACGCUAUCGACCGCUUGAUUAUCAAUGACGAAGAUUUGUGUGGCACCCUCCCCAGUCUUGAAGCGAUAUUACUUCUAUCAAAAUGGUAUACCAGUCUGGGGCGCCCCCGAAAAGCGUGGCUUAUGACGAGACGUGGGAUUGAAUUAGCACAGCUGGCGGGCUUGCACAUAUCCACUGCCAGAGAUCCUCAUCCAGAGGACACACUUUACAAUCGGCGUCUUAAGCUGUGGACAAUGCUCGGCUUGAAUGAUCGAUUUCUCUGCUUGAUUUUAGGUCUACCGUAUGGCAUCCAGGAAAAUAUCUAUCGUCCACAGGUGGAGCGACGACUGAGGACGGAGUCUCCCAACAUGGAAAGCUAUUGCCUCCAACUCUCACUCAUCAUGGGUCCAAUAAUUGAUCGGAAUCAACAAGAUCCGGCAAAUAUGUCGAUUGCAGAGACCUUAAAAGUGGAACAAGAAAUGGAGACCCAGGCACGAUCCAUGCCCGACCACUUUUGGCAGGAGCAACCUCCCCGUCACAAAAUGUCUACUGAUGAAGCAGUUGAGCGUGUAAUGCUUCCCUUCAUGUUCCACUAUAUGCGGGCGACGCUACAUUUACCGUUCAUGCUGCAAUCCCACGGCAACCGUUCGUAUCGAUUUAGCCAACAAGCCGCGUUGGAAUCGUCUCGGAACGCGAUGCGCGCGUAUAAUAGAUUGCGUUCUGAGGGUAUGAUGAGCCCAUAUGUAUGCCGCUUGAUCGACUUUCAGGCCUUUUCAGUGGCCAUGCUCUUGAUCAUCAAUCUUAUAGGAUACUCAGAAGACUCGCCCAAUCAUAGUCCCGAACAAGACGAAAAGGACUGGGCACUGGUAGACGAAACUACAGAAGUCAUUCGUCACGCAGCCGCUGAGCCUGCAGGCACUGUCGCCCGACAAUCAUUACUCAUCCUUGAAGGAAUCAGCAGUAAUGUGGAUAAAGAAUGCCCAUCAUCCGCAUCUUGCAAAAUCUCUGUUCCAUAUUUUGGUAGCGUUACAGUGACACCAGGUAAAAAGGCAUGCAAAACAAGACCUGAGCGCCCAUCCACAACUCAACAACAGCAACCUACGCCAACCAACAGCAGCGUUUACAGUCAAAACUGCCAUUAUUCCUCCUCUGUCAAGGGUUCCACGUCGGAACAGCCAAGUCCCUUCCAACUCUACACUCCACCUCAUACAAACAUCGAUUUCAGUAACGUCUCUGUCUCCAUCUGCUCAGACCAGCAACAACAACACCAUACUCAACAAUCCCAGUCCCAACAACAAAGCCUAGAAACAACCCCAUCAUACUGGGAUGAUUCCUCACGCGUCCAACUAGAGAGUCUUCUCACAUUACCAAACGCAGGCAUGAUGCCGAAUGCGAACAUAAUGAUGAAUGAGCCAAACACGGCGUAUAUGAAUGGGUUUAUGAGCGGUCUUGAGAAUGAGAAUGUAGCUCUGUGGCCGAAUAUGAAUUUGGAUCUGGAUUUGGACCAGGGUUGGAAUUUUGAUUGGUCUAAUGCGGAUAUUAUUCAAUAGAUCCCAAUAUAAAAUUAGAGGGUUACGGUAAGGUUGGUUGGAUCAUGGGAGUAUUAUGUACUAUUAAUUGAAUAUACCAUAUGGGAAGGCGUUGGUUGGUUGUUUUCUUUUCUUGUGUAUUUGGGCUGGGAGGAUGCCCAGAUGGGAUUUAUGCAGUGAUACCACUCUACUCUAUUCAUCCUGUACAGACACAGCUGACCGAACCUUGGUACAGUAAAGCCUGGUUAUAACAAACUGCAGGCCUCUCGGGGUCCAAGUCAAUAUAUCCGGAAGUGAGUUCGAUUUAGGGAUGAAGGGCACCUUCCAUAUACUUCUCUAGUCUAAUGUUCGUAAAUAGGAUGCUCUUCAGUCCCAUGUUAAAGUAA